AUGUCGACUUCUUCUUCUUCUUCGUUCCCUCGCACCAUCGUCUCCUACACUCUAUUAACGUCACUCUUCAUAGUGUUCUUCCUAUGCAGCGUCUUCCUAUUCACCAGACGCGCUCUCGAACCUUCUCUCACUCCUUACCACGCCGACAUCCCUCUCCCCGAUCCACGCCCUCCGAUCGAGCCACUCUCUUCCAAAGAUCUCAACGGAAAACCUCACGAUGCCGACGCUGACCUCACCCUCGAUACUAAUCCAAAGGAGGAAGAAGCCGAUUCCCGCGGCGAUGGUGACGUCGCGGUAAAUACUAAGCUGAAAGCUGUGGACGAUUCGCGCAGUGUUGAUCUCACGGAGAAAACCGAAUUGGAAGAUGAAGGAGGCUCGCGCAAGGAAGAGUCAGUUGAGGAUAACAAUGCCGAAUCUGCGGAGGAGAAGGCGGUGGUGGAGAAGUUGAGAGGCUGCGAUUUGUACAAGGGAUCGUGGGUUAAGGAUGGUGAUGAGUAUCCACUCUAUCAGCCUGGAUCGUGUCCUUAUGUUGACGACGCUUUUGAUUGCCAGCGGAACGGGAGGCGCGAUUCCGACUAUCUCAAUUGGAGAUGGAAGCCUGACGGUUGCGACCUUCCACGGUUUAAUGCUACAGAUUUCUUAGAGAAGCUACGAGGUAAAAGUUUGAUGUUGGUUGGAGACUCGAUGAACCGUAACCAGUUUGAGUCUAUGCUUUGCGUUCUCCGAGAGGGUUUAUCUGAUAAGAGUAGGAUGUACGAGGUUCAUGGCCACAAUAUUACCAAGGGAAGAGGCUACUUUGUAUUCAAGUUCGAAGAUUACAACUGCACGGUAGAGUUUGUGAGGUCACAUUUUCUUGUGAGGGAAGGAGUCAGAGCUAAUGCUCAAGGAAAUACUAAUCCUACCCUUUCGAUUGAUCGCAUUGACAAGUCAAAUGCUCGAUGGAAACGAGCCAACAUUCUUGUCUUCAACACUGGACAUUGGUGGGUUCAUGGAAAGACGGCCAGAGGGAAAAACUACUAUAAAGAAGGUGACUUCAUCUACCCGAAGUUUGAUGCGACUGAAGCAUACAGAAGAGCGUUGAAGACUUGGGCAAAAUGGAUCGAUCAAAAUGUGAAUACCCAAAAGCAGCUCGUUUUUUACCGUGGAUACUCCUCUGCACAUUUUCGGGGAGGCGAGUGGGACUCGGGAGGGUCAUGCAACGGAGAGAAGGAACCAGUAAAGAAAGGUUCAAUCCUCGAUUCCUAUCCUUUGAAAAUGAAGAUAGUAGAGGAAGCCAUCAAGGAGAUGCAAGUUCCUGUGAUUCUCCUGAACGUCACAAAGCUGACUAAUUUCCGCAAAGAUGGACAUCCUUCAAUAUACGGUAAGAUCAAUUUGGAUGGUAAAAAAGUGUCGUCAAGGAAACAGGAUUGCAGCCAUUGGUGUCUGCCUGGAGUUCCUGAUGUUUGGAACCAUCUCAUCUACGUUUCUUUGCUCCUUCAAGCACAUUCCUAAUACAUAGUUGAGUUUAUAUACCUAUGCCAAACUAGAUAUGCAUACAAAUAUCUUCACUGUUAUGUUAGUGAAGGCAGUUUUUGUGUAAGCUGAAAAUCUUCCUUUUUGAUGGCAAAGAUGUUUCUCUUAAUACCCAAA